UGUUGGGCUCACGUGAUUAUGGCAAGUAUCAACAAUGGCGGCCUCCAUGAAUAUGGCAGCAAAAUCGCCGGAAUCUGAGAAAAGUAAGAAGUAUGAUAGACAGUUAAGGUUAUGGGGCGACCAUGGUCAGGCAGCACUGGAAUCAGCUCAUGUUUGCCUGAUAAACGCUACAGCCACUGGGACGGAAAUCCUGAAAAGCAUCGUAUUGCCAGGGAUCGGCGCAUUUACUAUCGUUGAUGGCAAUAAAGUCACGGCUGAAGAUGUCGGAAACAACUUCUUUCUUGACAAGGAAAGCAUCGGCAGGUCAAGAGCCCAAGUCGCAACAAAUCUUGUGCUUGAAUUGAAUCCUGAUGUACGAGGAGACUUUGUAGAUGAGAUGCCAGAGAAUCUUAUGGAGCAUAACCCAAGUUAUUUCUCUAACUUUAAUGUGGUCAUCGCAACAGGCCUCUUGGAGAAAAGCUUACGAAGGCUGGGGUCACUCCUGUGGGAUGCGGGCGUGCCCCUGCUUGUGUGCCGUAGCUAUGGCAUGAUUGGGUAUAUGAGGCUUCAGAUAAAUGAACAUCCAGUCAUUGAAACGCAUCCUGACAACACCUUCGAUGACUUGCGGCUCGACAACCCAUUCCCCGCCCUACGUCAGUUUGUGGACUCUAUUCACAUGGAGGCAUUGAGCAACAAGGACCACAGUCAUACUCCCUAUGUUGUUAUCCUCCUAAAGGCGUUAGAUGAAUGGCAGCAACAGAAUGGUAAAAGGUUACCACAAAAUUACAAAGAGAAGGCAGCCUUCAAGGAGAUAAUUAAGCAAGGAAUACGGGUUAAAGAAAAUUUAGUCAAAGAGGAUGAGGAAAACUUUGAAGAAGCUUUGAGAGCCGUCAACGUAUCCCUUUGCCCAACUGAGGUUCCUGCCCAUGUGAAAGAGCUUUUCGAUGACCCAUCGUGCUUAAACCUUACUGUAGAUAGCAAACCAUUCUGGGUAUUGGUGAGGGCUCUCAAGGACUUUGUUGCAAAUGAAGGAAAGGGAACACUGCCAUUGAGGGGUAGCAUUCCUGAUAUGACAGCAGACACGGAGCGUUACGUCAAGUUGCUUAAUAUCUAUCACACAGAAGCGGAAAGGCAUGUACAAGCCAUGCACUCUAGAGUUCAACAGCUGCUCACCAACUUGGGAAAGCCUCAAGACUUCAUCACAGAGUGUGACACAAAGUUGUUCUGUAAGAAUGCCUACACAUUACAUCUGUACCGUGGGAGGUCGUUGGACCAGGAAUAUGAUCCAAAGUCUGCAAGGGUGCAGGAAAUCUUGUCCAGUCUAGAUUCACCGGACAGUGAGAUGAUCUUCUACGUAAUGCUAAGGGCUGUGGAUAGGUUCUAUUCAGAAUUCAAUCGGUACCCAGGUUAUUUUGAAGACCAGCUCGAGACAGAUAUAAGCAAGCUCAAGGCAUCGCUGGGUCGCAUACUACAAGAAUGGGGAUCGGGUCAUAUUGCAAAGGACGACUACGUGCACGAAAUGUGCAGGUAUGGAGCUUGUGAGCUUCACACUGUUGCAGCAUUUAUUGGUGGGUGUGCAGCUCAGGAAGUGAUCAAGCUUACAACUGGGCAAUAUGUGCCAUUUGACAACACAUUCAUCUAUAAUGCCAUGACCACCACCUCUGUCACAUAUGCCUUAUGAGGGAAAUAUUUGCUAAAUGGACCUGCAUGAAAAAGCUAACCCAGCAGUGUUCUGGCUCUGGAGCUAGCGUAACUUAAUAUUUUUGUAUAUGUUGUGUUUGCUGUCUGCAUUGUCUAGCUUUCCACAUUAAGCUGUAUUAUAACUCUGAAAUAAAAUAAUAAACAGGCUUGCA